UUUAGUAUGUCUAAAAUGAUGAAGUAUUUUGAUGAUCUGAUUUUGUCCAAUACUUCUAAACAUUAUACAGUGACAUCUAUUGCAUGCUUCCUUUCAGGUCCUGUAAAACUCCAGAACUGCUAAACCUCCGGGUUAAAGCUCACAGCUAAAAAAAUAAAUAAAAAACAAACAAACAAAAAAAGUGAAAAAAUGAUGCUGAGUCCAGACCAGACGGACCCGGAGCUGCCAUGGAGCCACUCGGACGCCGAAAGUGUAUUAAGUGACAUGAAGGCCGGCUGCAUGUCCGAGGAGAUGAACACGGACGCCGAGGGCAAAGCCAAAGCUCUCGCGCCGCAGCCGCUCACGCGCGAGGAAAAGCGACGGCGCAGGCGCGCGACGGCCAAGUACCGCUCGGCGCACGCGACUCGAGAGCGCAUCCGUGUCGAGGCGUUCAACGUGGCUUUCGGCGAGCUGCGCAAGCUGCUUCCCACCCUUCCACCUGACAAGAAGCUCUCCAAGAUCGAGAUCCUCAGACUGGCUAUUUGUUACAUCUCCUAUCUGAAUCACGUGUUGGACGUUUAGAAUGGACUGCGUUUUAAAAAUUGAAGGUUAAAAAAAAAAAUAUUGAGAUGAAAUGUUUUUUUGAAUAUAGCCUAGGCAAGGUAAACUGACCUGCUCACUCGAGAACUCAUCAGCAAAGUGUUAGACAGACUUUAGGUAUUAGGCUAACAAGUUUUUAAAAAGGUUUUUAUUUGAACGUAGAGACACUAUAAUGCCCCUUUAAACAUAUGGUGAGAUGCUCCAAGAGUCGUGCACCAUUUAAAAACAGGCUGCGGUCCCUGCUGGAGGCUAGACAUCCAAAUGCAGAUGCAAUAACGCCGAAAGGGACUUUAAAAUCACUUGAAGAAUCUUACAACAGUGUAGACAAGUGGAGAGAGCAGGCUAGAGACCACCAGUUGCACUGAGAUUGAAUAGAAACUAGACUGAAGGCCCGAUUAGCUGC